GGAGGUGAAGAGAGAGCAGACAGCAGAGCAGAGGGACGCAGAUCUCCGCUGUGUGUGUUGUUCCGUCCUGCCGUGAAACAACCGUUUUUCCUCUCCUCGUCCCAGUUUCGGGCUGUCUUCGUGGGUUAGCCUGUUAUCUGCUAACCCCGGCUACAUGGCCAGCGAGCGCCGCACAGCUAACUGUUGUUAGCCUCAGCUCAGCGCUGGGACCCCGGCGAAGCGAAGUGAAGUGAAGUGAAGUGCGGGGAAUGGCAAGAGUUCUCUCGGAUAUUCCACUCCGAACACACGGCGACUAAAAAAAGAAAAGGACGGAACGAGUCCACGGUUCCUCAGUGAUUUGACACACCGGUUGUCGGUGUUACUGCAGUUCCCAUCAUGGUGCAGAAGUACCAGUCACCCGUGCGUGUGUACAAGCAUCCCUUUGAGCUGGUGAUGGCGGCCUAUGAGCGCAGAUUCCCUACGUGUCACCUCAUCCCGAUGUUUGUGGCGAGUGAUGUGAUGGAGGAGGAGGCCAGCGAAGACUCAUCCACCCACAGGGUUCAGAGACGCUGUGCCCUGGAUGUGGACGCGCCACGCCUGCUCAAAAGGAUUGCUGGUGUGGACUAUGUCUACUUCAUCCAGAAAAACACACUCAACAAGAAAGAGAGGACGCUGCACAUCGAGUCCCACAACGAGACCUUCUCCAACAGGGUCAUCAUCCAUGAGACCUGCUGCUAUUCGGUUCACCCAGAGAACGAGGACUGGACGUGCUUCGAGCAGACUGCCAGCCUGGACAUCAAGUCUUUCUUUGGGUUUGAGAGCACGGUGGAAAAGAUCGCUAUGAAGCAGUAUGCCAGCAGUAUCAACAAGGGAAAAGAAAUUAUCGAGUACUACCUGAGGGAGCUACAGGACGAGGGGAUCGGUCAUGUACCUCGCUGGACUCCCUCCUCCUGUUCCCUGCCUCCCCCCAGGCCAACCAGUCUCUCCACCAGUCUACCCGAAGUACCCAAGCUUGUGGUCACACCCGCCAUUUCUAUCCCUUUGCCCGCCAACGCCAAAGACAGCACCUCGGUAGAUGCCAAGCAGGAGAGCAGCACGCCUCAGGCAGACAUCCUCAGUGAGAUUCUGGCUGGUACACCUGAAGACAAGCUGGAUGCAGACUAUAUCAAGCGUUACCUGGGCGACCUGACCCCCUUGCAGGAGAGCUGUCUGAUCAGACUUCGCAAAUGGCUGCAGGAGACGCACAAGGGAAAGAUCCCUAAAGACGAACACAUCCUGCGCUUCUUGCGUGCCAGGGACUUCAACAUCGACAAAGCCCGGGAGAUCCUGUGUCAGUCCCUGACCUGGAGAAAGCAGCACCAGGUGGAUUAUCUGCUGGAGACGUGGACUUCACCGCAGGUCCUCCAGGAUUACUACACCGGGGGCUGGCACCAUCACGACAAAGAUGGUCGUCCUUUGUACAUCCUGAGGCUGGGCCAUAUGGACACGAAAGGUCUGGUCCGUGCUCUUGGAGAGGAGUCUCUGCUCAGACAUGUGCUUUCUAUCAAUGAGGAGGGUCUGCGACGCUGCGAGGAGAACACCAAGGUGUUUGGUCGACCUAUCAGCUGUUGGACGUGCCUGGUGGAUCUGGAGGGACUGAACAUGCGUCACCUGUGGCGUCCGGGAGUCAAGGCGCUGCUGAGGAUCAUCGAGGUCGUGGAGGCCAACUAUCCAGAGACUCUGGGGCGGCUGCUCAUCCUGCGAGCGCCCAGAGUUUUCCCCGUCCUCUGGACACUGGUCAGUCCAUUCAUUGAUGAAAACACACGCAAGAAGUUCCUCAUCUAUGCAGGUAAUGACUACCAGGGGCCCGGAGGUCUGGUGGACUACAUCGACAAGGAGAUCAUCCCGGACUUCCUGGGAGGAGAGUGUAUGUGUGAGGUUCCAGAAGGGGGCCUGGUCCCCAAGUCCAUGUACCGCACAGCUGAGGAGCUGGAGAACGAGGACGUCCGUCUGUGGACGGAGACGAUUUACCAGAGUGCCAGCAUCUUCAAAGGAGCACCGCACGAGCUCUUGAUUGAAAUCAUCGACGCCUCCUCCGUCAUCACCUGGGACUUUGACGUGUGCAAAGGUGACGUCGUGUUUAACAUCUUCCACUCCAAACGCGCCCCACAGCCGCCGCGCAAAGAUCCCCUGGGCGCCCACGGCAUCACCUCGCCCGUGGGCAACAACGUCCAGCUCAUCGACAAGUCGUGGACACUGGGGCAAGAUUACAGCAUGGUGGAGUCGCCCCUCACCUGUAAAGAGGGAGAGAGUGUGCAGGGCUCACACAUAACACGAUGGCCGGGUUUCUACAUCCUCCAGUGGAAGUUCCACAGCAUGCCGGCCUGUUCGGCCACCAACCUGCCCCGAGUGGACGACGUGCUGGCCACCCUGCAGGUGUCCUCGCACAAGUGUAAAGUCAUGUACUACACCGAGGUGUUGGGCUCCGAGGACUUCAGAACCGCUUGCUGCGAUGUGCAGAGUUUGGGUUCCAUGACCAGCCUGGAGUCGAGCCACAGCGGCUUCUCUCAGCUCAGCGCCGCCACCACCUCGUCCAGCCAAUCACAGUCCAGCUCCAUGAUCUCCAGGUAGACAAUGACCUCACCGUCAUCACUGUGGAGCUGAAGAAAACCUGAAGCAAAAAGGAAAAAAGAAAACAAUCUUUACAAUUUAAAGGGCUGAUUUUUGCACAAAGGUCACAUGGUGGGGGGGCGGGUGGGGCAUUGGGACAAUAAAAAGGUCAAGAAUUGUGUUUGCACCAGAGGUUUGGAUAAAGAAAAAAAAAAAGGAGCAAUAUUGUAAAUCUGGGAGUGACAGGACCAGAUGACGACACCGGAGGGCGCUGUUACGUCCACAAGACUGAGACGGACGAGCUGUUACAUUCAUCAACAACAACAUCAACAUUCUCCAUCGCAGCACAGCAGGUUGUUGAUCCUUCACUGAACUGAACUGUGUGUCUCUGUGGCUUCAGGACACGCCCCUGUUUCACCUGCUCUUCUCAGUGGGCGGCGGCCUCUGAAACUUCAGUUUUCAAACAUUCUUAAAAUGUUGCAGAUGCAGAUUUUCUGAGGUGUUUUUGUGUUAAAACCUCAAACAUCCACACUUUAAAACUCUGAAAUGCAGUAAACUCACAAUUAGACCUGGGUCAAAGGUCACCUGCAUCAUUAUUAUCAUUAUUAUUAUUCAUCACUCACUGAGAAGUGGGUUUUUUUGGGACCUGGGUCUGAAACCCCGCCCCCACCCCGCCCCCGCGUGCAUGAAGCAAUAACAUGAAUUUGACUCUUUUUGUUUUUUUACCGUGUGAAAUGUUUAUCGUUGCCGCGUGUGGGCGGAGCUCGGUGCUGACGGACAGACGAGCAAAAACUGAGCCAGUUCACUUCUUAACUCUGUGGCAUCAUCAUCAUCAUCUUCAUCAUCAUUGUUAUUGGUAUUUCUCCAUUUGUAACCCUGACAGUCAUGGCUGUCAGCUGUCAGUGAACUGUGUGAUGACAUCACAGAUCUCAUCAGACGCUCAAAACCAUCUGGAUCUUAGUCUGUGACAGUGUGGCCGCAUGCACCCUGAACCCUCUGUAAACGCUUCUUCUUAUGUUACUGACUUCUUCUUCUUAUGUUACUGACUUCUUCUUCUUAUGUUACUGACUUCUUCUUCUUCUUAUGUUACUGACUUCUUCUUCUUAUGUUACUGACUUCUUCUUCUUAUGUUACUGACUUCUUCUUCUUAUGUUACUGACUUCUUCUUCUUCUUAUGUUACUGAGUUCUUGUUUAGAGCUGAAUGAGACUUUAGUGGGUUUCUGUAGGAGUGAAAGUGUUGGGGUGAAGCGGUGUGACUGCAUGCGCACACGCUGAGUGGGUUUACAGGUUUAUUAUUAUUGUUAUUUAUAUGCAGUACAUAUAUAUAUAUAUAUAUAUAUCUAUAUAUAGAUAUAUAUAUGUGUGUAUAAAACAACAGCCAUGUGUCCAUAAAUACCAUUUUAGCCUUUUUUCUUGUCACUACUGUAAAAAAGAAAAAAAAAGAAAUGAGUGACUGUGAUUAACAAACGUUUCAGAAUGCAACUGUUUUAUUAUUAUUAUUAUUAUCAUUAUUAGUAGUAGUAGUAAUAAUAUCUGGUUAAAGAGCUCUGAUGACUUCAUACAGCUCAGACGGCCACUAGAGGGCAGUCAUCAGCAGGAAGGAAAAAAAUAUGAAAUAAUGGUGCGUUCCAUUUACGAUGGAAGUCGGAGGUCGGACCUGGGAGUAUUUGUGUGAACAUCUGAUUUACUGUAGAACAAACGCAAGGUUCUCAUGGGUCCUUGAAAUCCUUGAAAGUUUGUGAAUUUCAAAAAAUAAAACGCUUACAUUCAAGGCCCUGAAAAUUGCCCUUCAACCUAAACGGGUCCUUGAAUCUUUCAAAGUGAAGUUGAUAUUUAGGUGAACGUCUCCCUCGUUUGUUACGAUGCCCCCUACUGUUUGUCUCACACCCUGCGGACAGGACAAAGUCCACCCUCUGUCUCUCCCUCUCAGACGACGAUGUCUGGGAAAUAAAACAAAGACAAAUAAGACUUUGACCAAAGAUCGAGGACAAUCAGCUGUUCCAGGUUGUCCCCCCGUGUUCAGCCACGUUAGCACAUUCAGUCCUGGAUCCUGGAAAAGUCCUUGAGUUUGAGUGCAACAGUAACAGUUAGCGGUUGCUCCGGCUUCUUUUUGAAGAAAUUCCCCCAUAACUCGGAACUUCCGACUUCCGACUACAACUGGAACAUACCAUAAUACCUGUGCGAGACUGAGGGUUGUUGUUUUUUUGUAACUGGAGAAUUCUGGCUCUGCCUGUGGUUGUUUGUUUUUAACUGUAAAUGAUCAAAGAUCAACAUGUGACAAAGUUUGUCAUUAACUGCAAUAACUCCUCCUCCUGUGUGUGUGUGUGUGUGUGGGUGGGUGGGUGGUUGGGUGGUUUCCACUCAAAGCCACAGUUUGUUAAAUAAAGUUUAGAACACCGUUUCCUUCCAAGUGUGUUGUUGAACCUGUGCUGCAAGAAAAAUCUAAUCAAAAUAAGUUUAGUUUGUCGUCGUGGGCAACGACACAAAUUCAACUUUCCCACAUAAAAUAAAAAAUUUAAAAAAACACGGACAUCAGCUCAGAAUCAGCUGCUCAUCGGUCUGUUUGUGUCACUGACUGAAGCCAUAGACUUUAACACAUUCAUCAGGAGGGCUAUUGAACUGUGUGUGUGUGUGUGUGUGUCUGGUCUCCUUUUUUAUGUCCGUCAUGUUAUUUCAUGUCCAGGAAUCGUAUAAAUGUUUGGAUUCAUGUCAACAUGGCCGCCUUUACAUGUUUUGAGAACAUUAAACUUGAAUUAUGAGGAAA